UCUAUCUGCUAUUCCCGUUAUGUGUUUGAGCUUCAUUUAGCGGAAGAAUUCGUCUCGGGUUUUGUGUUAAGUAAUACAGUUUUAAACUGUAUGCUGCGCUCCUAAAAUGGAUUCAUAUCCAGUUCAAAAGCAUGACUCUGAGUAGUAAAAGAACAAGGUCAGAAUCAGAGGACUCGCUGCCUGACAUCCCACCAAGCCAGAAUGACAGAUCAGACGCAAGCUUCUUUUUUAGUGCAGAACGGCCGUCAUAGUCCACUUAUUGAUCGUCCCAACAUGAGUGAAUUGAGGAUUGUUCUGCUGGGGAAGAAUCUAUCAGAAAACAUCAGAGUGAGAAACUUUGUCCUGGGUACAGAUGCGAUGGAGACUGAAGAUUAUUUACAGAAUCACAGUGUGAGAAUCAGUGGAAUGGUGGAGAACAGACAAAUCGCAUUCAUCAACUGUCAUCUGCUCCAGCCGAACCUCUUACACAAUCAGAUCACAGAGAGAGUAAAAAAGUGUGUAAAAGAAUCUGAUCCAGGACCUCAUGUGUUCAUUCUCAUACUACAGCAGCGUGACUUCAGUGAGGAGGACAAAGGCAGAGUAAAGUAUAUGCUGAAACAAUUCAGUGAUCAGGCAAUAAAACGCAGCAUUGUGCUGACUACUGAUAAAGACACACAAAGAUCCAAACACAGAACUGUCAGAAACAAUGCAUUGAAUCAGUUAAUAAAUGAGUGUGGAGGAGGACAUCUUCACUUUAAUGAAAGACAAGAAGAUUGGUGCUCUGAGAUGUUGAGAAGGGUAGAUGAGAUAUUCAAGAAAGAACCUGAAGAAUAUCUCAAUUGUGACAUCUAUGUAGAUGCAGAAGCUGAAGGCUCAUCUGUUGAUCCAAAGCCAACUUUACAUGAAGAUUCAGUGAGAUCAGAUGAGGACAAAUCAGAUCACGGUGUGGGAAACCCAACGAGAGCCAUAAAAAGAAUAAAGAUGGCAGAAGCAUCAGAAACAGGAAAAUCAAAUCUGAACGUAGUGUUGUGUGGAGCUGAUGCAGGACUGAAGGUCGCCGUCUCCAAACUUCUACGGGGAAAAAAACCAUCACAUCAGAAAGAAUACAGCUCAGAAUGUGUGAAGAAAGAAGAGAAGAUACAUGGACAUCAGAUCUCUGUUGUUGAACUUCCAUCAUUGACUCGACUCUCAGAAGAUGAAGCGAGGUAUCAAACUCUCAGGUGUGUGUCUCUCUGUGAUCCUGGAGUUCAUGUGUUUCUCCUCAUUGUUCCUGUUGGUCCAUUGACUGAUGAAGACAAAGAAGAAACUGAGAAGAUCCAGAAGAUGUUUUACUCCAGUGAGCAUUUCAGGGUGAUUUUCACAACUGAUGGCACUGUUGACAAACGUCUGACAGAUUUUGUACAAUCAUAUUCUGAUUGUAAGAGUCUGAUCAAUCUCUGUGGAGGACGUUACAGGGUGUUGGGACUGAAAGAAUAUGAAAAAUUUAAACAGACAUCAAUGGAUUAUAUUAAAGACAUAAAGACUGAACCCUAUUCACUUCUGAUGUAUGUAAAAUCUCAAAAGAAGAGUGUGAGAGAUGAAAUUGAAGCGAAAUAUAAAGAACAACUGAGUGAAAUGGAGAGAAAAAACAAAGAAUUACAGCUAAAGAUCAACUCGUGUGGUAUUGAGGGAGAACAGGAAGAUUUGAAGCAUUUAAGGAUGGUUUUGGUCGGGAAGACCGGUAAUGGAAAGAGCGCAACAGGAAACACAAUACUGGGAAGAAAACAGUUUCAGAGUAAAUUAUGGCCAAAUUCAGUGACGACUGUUUGUGAGAAAGGAGUUUGUGAAGUUGAUGGUCGAUCAGUAGCGGUUGUUGAUACUCCAGGUCUGUUUGACACAAAAACACGAAAUGAUCAAGUGUUGGAGGAAAUCAUGAAAUGUGUUUCACUGUCAGCACCUGGACCUCACGCCUUCAUCAUUGUGUUGAGUUUGGGAAGACUGACCCAGGAAGAAACAGAGACUAUAGAUCUGAUAAAGAUGUUCUUUGGUCCUAAAGUUGCACAGUUCAGCAUCAUUCUGUUUACAGGAGGAGAUAAACUUAUGGAUGAAACUAUAGAAAAUUAUGUGAAGGUAAUUGAAUCUGAAGAACUGAAGAAACUGAUCAGAGACUGUGGAGACAGAUACCUGGCCUUUAAUAAUGAAACACAAGACAGAACCCAAGUGAUGAAACUGAUAAAGAUGAUAGAAGAGAUGAAAACAAGAAAUCGUGGCAGAUAUUUCACUAACAGCAUGUUUGAAGAAGCAGAGAUGAGCAUUAAAAAGAGAACGGAGCAAAUACUGAAAGAGAAAGAGAGAGAAAUUCAGACUCAAAAAGAUGAAUUAAAAGUCAAACAUGAGAUUGAAAUAAAAAGCAUGGAGAAGAGAUUGGAGGAAGAGAAAAGAAAAGCAGACGAGGAAAGAGUGCAGAUGGAAAAUAAGUUUAAGGAGCAGGAAGAAACUCUGAGAAAAGAGUUUGAGGAGAAAGAGAAAACAGAACAACAGAAACAAGAUGAGGAGAAACAGAAACGACUAGAGGAGAAAAAACAACAAAGAGCUGAAUAUCAUCAGAUGAUAGAAAAGAUGAAGAGAGAGAUUAAACAACAGAUAUCACAGUAUGAAAAGAGAGAGAAAGAGAGAGAAGAGGAGGAUAGAAAGAGAGAAGAGAAAUAUAGACAAGAUCAAGAGAAGAUGAAACAUGAACACAAACAAAUAAUAGCAGAAUUACAAAAGAAACAAGAAGAGGAGAUUAAAAAGAGAAAUUUAGAUGAACAGAAGAGAAGUGAACAAGAAGAGAGAGAGAAACAAGAAUGGGCGAGAAGAAUAAGAGAAGCUGAAAAUGACAGAAAAGAGUCUCGAGAAGACAUUAAACGACAACAGAGAGAAUGGGAGGAUGACAAGAAACGACAGAUGAGAGAAAGAGAAGAAGAAGAAAGAAAAAGGAGAGAGAAACAUGAAGAACAACUGAGAGAAAAACAAGAAGAACUGGAGAAAAUGAGAAAGAAACUUGAAAAAGAGAAAGAAGAAGAGAGACAAAAGAGAGAAGAGGAGACACAGAAACAGAGACAAGAGAAAGAAAAGAAAGAGAAAGAAUAUGAAGAAAAGAAAAAUGAAAUGAUGAAACAUUAUGAGAAACUGGAACAAAAAAGAAAAGAUGAGUGGGAGAGAAAAAAACAAGAGGAUGAUGAGAGAAGAGAAGAGGAGAGAAAGAGAUGGGACAAAAGAAUUGAGGAUAUAAAAAGAGAAAAAGAAGAAGAGAUCAGAAGAAGAGAAAGAGAGAGAGAAAAAAGAGAAGAAAAAGAACGAGAAGAAAUGAAGCAGGAACAUGAACAGAGAAUAAAAGAGAUGAAGAAGAAACAUGAAGAUGACGCCAGAAAACAUGCAGAAGAAUUUAAUGAGUUCAAAGAGAGAAAAGAGGAACAUGUUAAAGAACUUAAAGAAAUGCUGGAGGAACGAGAAAAACAACGAGAAUUACUAGAAGAACUUUAUCAACACUUUAAGGAACAGAAAGGUGAAGAAAUAAGAAAACUACAAGAAAAACUUGAAAAACUGAAAAAUAAAUCAGAAUCAGGUUGUGUCAUUUUGUAAAUGGGACAAGACACAAUUAUGCCGGUUAUAAUAUGUGCAGUGCAGUACUGUACACAUUAAUCACAUUAUUGCAGUGGUUCUCCAAUAUUUUUGGCGUGCAUCCUCCUUGUCUAGGGAACAUCCCUUUGUGGCCCCACUCAAAGAAAAUUCAUGACAUAAAACAAACUCAAACUUGGAAUUAAACAAAAUGGGUAAACUGAUACAAUGCAGUGCUGUUGGUUAGUAGCCUUAUUUUUUGAGGUUUAAUUGCACAGUUUAUAAUAAACAAAUGUAUUUUUUAAGAGUAAUAAAAGUGUGUCCGCCUGCCUGCCCCCCAUUUUGAGAAACACUGCACUAUACAGUAUUUGCUUUAACUGCAUGUGCCCUAAACAUUUUCUGGGAACAGUUGUUGUUAUCAGAUGGGUGUUUUAUGUGUCUUAUUUAUAAAAUAAAGACAGAUAU